GAAAAGGUCACUAAACCCAUGGUUUUAACAUGCUCUGAGUCCUGAGAAUCUCUCAUGCUUCAAGAGCCAUUGGCAGCACCCUUUCAAUCUCGAACCCAGCAAUGUACGCUCAAAAUCAGCCAUUAAACCCGCCGACCCUGUGCCCAGUCGGCGCCGGAAAUGACGGCUUGGUUGAGAACUUGGCUACUGAUUAUGAAGUUCAGUCUCUUAAAGACAGUGGAGUAGGCGGCUUGGCCACCGAAGAAGUCUCCAUCCAGACCGACGACGGAAUCUACACAGUCGGCGGCGGAGAGGGCUCCAACGUGUAUGUUCCAUGCGCCGCAUAUGGUAAUGACCAGGUCGCUCUCUCGUUCCGCGACCGGGUCUUUGUGUUCGAUGGCGUUACCGCUGAUAAGGUGCAAGCAGUGCUUUUACUUCUGGGUGGAUGCGAAUUGGAUCCUGGUACUUUAGAUGUUGAUAUGGCGUACCAUAGACAGAGGGCUUCAAAUCCAAAGAGGGAAGAAUCUCUGACUAGGUUUCGUCAAAAGAGGAAAGAGAGGUGCUUUGAGAAGAAAAUUAGAUACAAUGUCCGGCAAGAAGUUGCACUCAAAAUGCAGCGCAGGAAGGGUCAAUUUGCUUCAAGAAAUUCUGAGAAAUUUACUACUAUGGAUGCCAGACUGGAUUUUGGAAAUGAGGAAAAAGAACCGGAUACUCUUUGCACUCAUUGUGGUACUAGUUCAAAGACUACUCCAAUGAUGCGGCGAGGGCCGGCUGGUCCGAGAACUCUUUGCAAUGCGUGUGGGCUAUUUUGGGUAAACAAGGGGAGCAUGCGAGAUCUUUCCAAGACAUUCCAAGACAAUUCUAUGAUUCGAACAGGAGAGGACGAAGAUGAUAGCGAGUCUGAUUAUGGAAUCCCAAUCUUUCCAUGUGCUAAUCAUGCUUGAGCCGUGAGAGCUGUGCAGUAAGCAUGAAGAACUAUUUUAUGCUAAUUCCGACUGAUCAUAUCAUAUUGAUUGUAUAGAUAUCUUUAGUGAGCUCUGAAAGUAUAGUCCAAAUUACACACCAGACCUAGAAAUGUUGAAAGAUUAUUUUCUAAAUACAUCGUGGUCGAUGGUCAAUUUCAAUACCUGGCCUACUUUGAAGUUUAAUUGUGGUGUCAGCGAGAAUCUUACAGUUCCGUACUUUGAUAGUCUGUUCAGUGGUUAUAUAGGUGAUGAUAAAACGUGUUGAAAACUUGAUAAAUCUUUGUAAUUGGAUUGGUUUAUAUUUUACUUCUCUAAAGCUUUAGUCUUAGCUCCC